GCAGUGGAGGAUAUCAAUGGGAAAGUUCUGGGAGAACUAAACCGGGAGACAGUAAAAGAACUUGGAGUGAAACAAAUUGGAAGGCAACUGGCGCUCCUGAAAAUGAUUAAAAGUUUAUUUGGUAAGGGUUAUAUUAACUAGAGGCAGCUGAUUUUGAAUUAAAAGACUGAAAAUUGUUAACCCGCAUUAUAUGUUUAUGAUUAACGCUAUAUGUUAGUUUUAUGCAGUGACAACAGCUUUGCAAAACUGUUUUACUCUGCAUUGAAAACAACUAAGGGACCGGUCAAAAAGUAUAGGGGGUGGGGCUGGUUAUGUAAUAUGCCAAAACGAGGGGGUAAGCCAUUUAUUUUUUAGCUCUAACAUUUCCCAUUGCUCCAGCUCACCCCCUCUGGUACCUUUUGUCCAGUCCCUAAACCUCAAGGAUUUGACCGAUUAAGAAGUCUUUACAUUAUCAUUAGAAGGACACAUGAGUCUUCUUAAGCGUUCCUACCCCUUAUAUUAUUUGAUGUUAUUAUAAAUUCCAGAGAGAGAAAGAACACAAGAACAGCAAGCCAGUUCAUUAAGCCCUUCUGCAGUUAUGAAGGAAAAAAUCACACUAAAAGACAAAGCAACAUGGACAGCAGCACAGAAAACAAGCUACAACAUAAAGUAAGCAUUCCAUUGUAUUAGGUUUUUGUAAUACGCUUGGUUCCAUAAGAAUCGAGACAUGGAGAAGUGAGCUUUCAUGAUUCAUAAAGAAGAAAGUUAUAUGUCCAAAAAUAUUGUACUAAUCAUUUUCACUGAAGAUUAUUUUGAUGACUGAUACUAAAGAGUAACAGUGUAAUUUUGGCUUUGUUCAACGUGGUAAUCAAAAUGAGGGUCUCUUUUUGUAAUAUUUUGGAACUGCUAUUGCAAUUAGGGAACCGAAAAAGUUGAGGCCAGAAAAUAAAAAGAUAUAUUUAAAGACAAGUGAACGAAAAAAGCCACAACUGGAGGAGCUUUGCACCAAAUUGGCUCAGUACUGUGCUAUUCCAGAAAUUGGAUUUGGAUAUGGUAAGUGUAGAUUAUUGCUUGUGAGGUGACAGCUCAGAGGGGUUUUGAGAUUGACUUUUGUUAUGACUAAAAUGAAAAUUAAGGGUGAAAGAAAGUAACUGAAGAAGGUUGACUAUCUUGGCAAAAAUGAGCUCUUCUAGCUUCUAAAAAGGACUGCUUCCCUCCAAGGCUAUAAUGCAGCUGACUACCUCAGAUACCACAUGUGAAUAUCUAGUAAAAGGACACUGGUUCCACAUCCUGUUACUCAAAGUAUAAUUUACAUAAUAAGGUUUGUUGUCAGCUGAAUGAUCAUUAGAAAGUUUUGACAAUUAUUGUUUUACUUACAUAAUAAAUUAUUAUAACAUCGAGUUUUCGAUAUGUUGUACCUUUCAGAUGCUAUUCACACACAUAAUACGGUGGGCCCAGGAAAAAAAUUGGAGAAUUACAAAUGGCGAUAACUAUGAGGUAAAUUAUUAAUUCUUGCAUUUCAUUGUUGUCAAUACCAGUUAGAACAUAGUGUAUUUACACUAACAGGCUGAGUUUUGGGUGAGAAUACAGUUUUAAAUUUUGAUAUCUUAAUCAAUCUCGACAAAUUCUCAACAAAGUUUUGUAAUGUCACACCUUACAACUCUAUUAACUUGUCAAGGUGGUUCAAUAAAAAAAGGAUAAGGAUUUGGUCAGAAUUGAAAAGUGUUUUUCCUGUGUAUUUUGUCUUUCUCAGACUGCUAAAGCUUUGAACAGAAUUUGUCAAUAACAUAGGACAUAUCUCUCACCUUAUCUCUUUACUCAUAAGAAUUAUUUUUAGUUAAGGUAAAAAAUAUUUGGCGCAUUGAUCUGGCCUGGGGGCACUGUCAUAUGUCAUUUUUUGUUUCCCCAACAGGUAUUACUAGGAAUUAUGCCAAAAAUAUUAAACCAUCAUGUUGAGUUGGUAUAUUGUCUCCUUGAGAGAUCAAAUAAAACUUGAGCCAUUAAUUCCAGAUCAGAGUGUUUUCCCUUAGAAGAUUAAUAACUUUUCAUGUAUUAGUUUUUAAUGAGCCUUUUUGUCCCUGUCAUAUGCAAGUGUCGUCAACCGCUUUGGGAAUACAAGGCAUUUUGUUUAACUUAGUUUAUGCCGUCUCUUUGUAGAGUGACCACAAACCUGCCAAACGGGCAAGAAUUUCUCCCAAAACAUCUUUUUUGAGUCAGAACAUGUCAACUUCUGGUAAGUUUUACAAAUGCAAAAGUAACAGCUUUGUCCAAAUAAGUAUUUUGUUUUUAAUGAAAUUAAAAGAAAUUAACCCUUUCACCCCAAGACCAAGUUAUUGUCAGGGUCUAUUCAGCCAGCCUAUUAUAAAUAUGCCACAUACAUACUAAAUAGUCUUUUAUGUGGUUGUCAGUGUUUUAUUAAGUUAGAGAUGCAGAUGAGUUAAACAGCCAGCUUAUCAUUUUCUUUUUUAUAAGUUCGUUGCCUAUAAAAUGUCAUCAGUAUUGAAACAAAUGUUGUGUAUUUGCAGAUUCUGACACUGAGGAAAUUUCAGAUUCUCAGACCAGUACAGAUGAGCCCUCAUCUUCAGUGGCAGACAUUAGUCCAAAAAGUGCAAAAAUUGCAGUGGUGACAGCAUUUCAAGGCAACUGUUUGCAAGACUUGACCUUGAAGGCUCACAUAAUACUCCUGGCAAAAAAACUCGGUGUAAGACAUCGUUCGAAGGGAAAAUAUGAGUUAAUAGAGCCCCUAGCAAAGGAGCUAUUCAAUCAAGGUUACGUAAAGUCACAAGAUGAUGGAGAUGUCAAUUUUAAAAGUUAA